UCCUGGAAUACAGCGGUGGAGGCGACCAGGGCGCUAAGGGGAGAGGGAUGCCAGACAUGCGGGACCAAGGCCUGCCCUGCACUUAGGUCUCUGCCGGCCCGUGUUGCCCAGGGGCCUCUGACCUGCUGGCCAGCCACGGCCCGAUCCAAGGAGGCCCACCUUCUGACAGGCCGCCGACCUCAGCUCCAGCCCGUAGAGAAAUCCGGAAGAUCGCAGAGCCAGCAUGGAUCCUGACAGCAAUCAACCCCUGAACAGCCUUGACGUCACCCCCCUGCGCAAACCUCGCACUCCCCUGGAAACCUUCAAAAAGGUUGGCAUCCCCAUCAUCGCAGCACUGCUGAGCCUGGCGACCAUCAUCAUCAUGGCUGUCCUCAUCAAGGUGAUUCUGGACAAAUACUACUUCCUCUGCGGGCAGCCUCUCCACGUCAUCCCGAGGAGGCAGGUGUGUGACGGCCAGCAGGACUGUGCCUCCGGGGAGGACGAGCAGCUCUGUGUCAAGACCUUCCCCGAUGGGUUCCCAGUGGCAGUCCGCCUCUCCAGGGACCGAUCCACCCUGCAGGUGCUGGACCCGGCCACACAGAGCUGGGCCUCUGCCUGCUUCGACAACUUCACAGAAGCUCUGGCCAAGAUAGCCUGUGGGCAGAUGGGCUAUGACAGCAAACCCACCUUCAGAGCUGUGGAGAUCGGCCCAGACCAAGAUCUGGAUGUUGUUGGAAUCACAGAGAACGGCCAGGGGCUUCAGGUGCAAAACCUAAGUGGACCCUGUCUCUCGGGCUCCCUGGUCUCCCUGCACUGCCUUGCCUGUGGGGAGAGCCUGAAAGCCCCUCGGGUGGUGGGCGGGGAGACGGCCUCUGUGGAUUCUUGGCCUUGGCAGGUCAGCAUCCAGUACAACAAACAACACAUCUGUGGAGGGAGCAUUCUGGACCCCCACUGGAUCCUCACGGCAGCCCACUGCUUCAGGAAGUAUCAUGAUGUCUCCACCUGGAAGGUGAGGGCUGGCUCAGACAAACUGGGCAACUUCCCAUCCCUGCCUGUGGCCAGCAUCUUCAUCACUGAGCUCAACACCACGUACCCCAAAGAGAAGGACAUUGCCCUCGUGAAGCUGCAGUUCCCACUCACAUUCUCUGGCACGGUCAGGCCCAUCUGCCUGCCCUUUUUUGAUGAGGAGCUCACUCCAGCCACUCCGCUCUGGAUUAUUGGAUGGGGCUUUACAGAGCAGGAUGGAGGAAAGAUGUCCGACACACUGCUGCAGGCGUCAGUCCAGCUCAUUGACCACACUCGGUGCAACGCGGAGGAUGCCUACCAGGGGGAAGUUACCGAGCAGAUGCUGUGCGCAGGCAUCCUGGAGGGCGGCGUGGACACCUGCCAGGGUGACAGCGGUGGGCCCCUGAUGUAUCACUCUGACCAGUGGCAAGUGGUGGGUAUCGUGAGCUGGGGCCAUGGCUGUGGGGGCCCCAGUACCCCGGGAGUAUACACCAAGGUCACAGCCUAUCUCAACUGGAUCUAUAGUGUCCGGAAGUUGGAGCCAUGAUGCUGCCCCCCUUCCAUACUGCUGGAAACUGUCUCCCCCUGUCCUGCCCACCUGGGGAUCCUAGAAGUCAGACAGAGCAAGAGCCCCCUUGGACACACCUCUCUGCCCACAGCCUCAGCAUUUCUUGGCGCAGCAAAGGGUCUCCAUUCCUGUAAAAGCCCUCAGAGUCCACAGGCACCCGGAAGGACGUCAGCAGCCCCAGCUCCGCCACCCCUCGGGCUCCUGGGGUCCCAAGGAGAAAGACACAGUCCACUGAACAGGCCAGCCUUCCAGCCAAGGUCUCAGAAGGCAUUGCCAAGCCAAGAAGGAACUUUCCUACUCUGCGGAAUGGAAGCAGACUCUCCGGUGAGAACUCAGAUCACCAAGGGCUGGAGUGGAGGGAAGAAGGGGUCUGAGCCAGCCCUUUCCUCCACCCAUCCCCAAGCCCACCUGAGCAAGAAACUAAUUGUAAUGUAAAAUGCAUUGUCCUACUAUUGGCAUAACUACUAUUACUCACUGUCAUGACCAUUAGCUCUAUGGCCGCCGCUAUUAAACAGGUGCGUGAAGCC